AAUGUAGCGAAUGUCCCGACUGCGCCCCGCACUCGGCGCUCGGGACGGCCAAGGGGGAAGAUGGAGACCGGACCGCGCCGUCGGGGCCGCCGCCGCCGUUGACUCGUUCUCUCACCGCCCCUCCCGUAGGCGAGCGGCGGCGCUGGGCGCCCCGACGAGACAUCGUCAGUCUUCAAAAUGAUGAUUCCCAAGGAUUUUCAUUUUCUGUAGGAAAUGUGAAGAUCAUGAGCUGAAGUAAAACCUUGGCAGAAAUUUUGUGAUAAUUUUGCCUUUUUCUCUUUGAAGGAUUAUGUUUACAAGAAAUUGAUAGCAAUGCUUUUUUGAAGUAAUUUAAAAGAAAAAAAAAAAAAGCUGUAUUUAUGCUCAGAGAAAACUGGAUUAACAAUGAGGCCAAAGACUUUUCCUGCUACAACAUACUCUGGAAACAGCAGACAAAGGCUACAAGAGAUUCGAGAAGGUUUAAAGCAACCAUCCAAAUCUACGGGUCAGGGACUACCUAUUGGACCAGGCAGUGAAACUUCUCUGGACUCUAAGAUUUUAAUAGGCAAGGAUGCUGCAAGGCAGCAGCAGAUGAGACAAACACCCAAGUUUGGACCAUAUCAGAAAGCUCUGCGAGAAAUUAGGUAUUCUUUGCUGCCUUUUGCUAAUGAGUCAAGCACUACAGCAGCUGUUGAAGUAAAUAGGCAAAUGCUCCAGGAGCUGGUGAAUGCAGGUUGUGAUCAGGAGAUGGCUGUCCGAGCACUGAAGCAGACAGGAAGCAGAAGUAUUGAGGCUGCUCUGGAGUACAUCAGCAAGAUGAGCUACCUGGAUCCUAGAAAUGAACAGAUAGUACGUGUAAUUAAGCAGACCUCACCAGGAAAGGGUAUUGUGCCAAAUAAUGUAACCCGCAGGCCAAGCUUUGAAGGAUCAAACGAAUCUUUUCCGUCCUACCAUCAGAUCAGUAAUGCAGCCUAUGAAGGGACAGGUUUUGGAGCAGAAGGUGCAAAUAUGCUCACUGAAGUUCCAAGGCCAUAUAUGGACUAUUUAAUCUCUACUUCACAGUCUGCUGCUAUGAAUGCUCCUGUACAGAGACCCUCUGCAGUAGGCACUCACAGCACACCAACAAGCCAUCAGCAGAAAACAUACCCUGCAAAUAUUGAGUCCUCUGUGAUUAAUUAUCCAGUGGCUAAUCACAGCAAUCAAGCUUUGCAGCUGCAGGCAUCCCACGGCUCCAACAGUCAGCAUUACAGCAGGCAGCACAUGAUGGUGCAGGGAGAACCUAUGGGCUAUGGUGUUCAGCGAAGUCCAUCCUUCCAAAACAAGAUGCAGCAGGAGGGAGGAUACACCAAUCUCCCAAAUAAAGGGGCAGUUGUUCAGAAUAAUUCUGGUCAUGCAUUUCAGCAGGCACCAGCCAGCCUGUAUAUAUCACAUUCUCAUCACAAACAGACCAGUCCUUCUUCUCAUCAAAUGCAUGUGAUAUCCAGAGGUCCAGCUUUUGCGAAUGAUUUUUCAGACAGUCCACCACAAAAUCUAUUAACUCCGUCUAGAAAUAGCCUAAAUAUGGACCUCUAUGACAUGAACAAUCCUCAAGUGCAGCAGUGGCAGACAUCAACACCUUCACGACGAGAUUCUUUACAAAAUCCAGGAAUAGAAACAUCUCCACGGCAACAUGUAUCCUUCAGACCUGAUGCUACAGUGCCGAGCAGAACAAACUCCUUUAACAACCACCAGCAACAGCCGCAAGUGACAGUGUCUAUAAGACAGGUUCCUCCAGGAAAACCUGAUCCCUCAAUUACAUCCCCAAAUACCAUCACAGCAGUCACAUCUGCUCAUAUUCUCCAGCCAGUGAAGAGCAUGCGAGUGAUGAGACCUGAGCCUCAGACUGCAGUGGGACCUUCCCAUCCUGGUUGGUUACCAGCACAGGCACCAGCUGUGGAUGGCUUGGAGAUAAUGGAGCAGCAUGUGCCACCUGUAGGAGCAGCUAAUGCCUAUCAACUAGAUGUGGAUUAUGGUAACCAGGAACUGCGGUGCCCACCACCACCGUAUCCCAAGCAUUUGUUCCUUCCCGGUAGCUCCGAGCAGUUUGAUAUCAACUGCUUAUGCAUGGGUGUAGAGCAGACCCUCUGUGUAGUCCCCAGUUCAACAUGCAAUAAGGCUGAGGAGAAUAGUGAGCGAAAUGACAAAAGCAGCAAGAACACUAAAGCUGAAAAACCAAGCAAGGAUAAAAAACAGAUCCAGACAUCUCCAGUGCCUGUGCGAAAAAAUGGCAAAGAUGAAGAAAAGCGAGAAUCACGAAUAAAGAGCUACUCACCUUUUGCCUUCAAGUUCUACAUGGAGCAACAUGUAGAAAAUGUCAUAAAGACCUACCAGCAGAAAAUUAACAGAAGAUUACAAUUGGAGCAAGAAAUGGCUAAAGCUGGCCUUUGUGAAGCAGAACAAGAACAAAUGAGGAAAAUUCUCUACCAGAAGGAGUCCAACUACAACAGACUUAAAAGGGCUAAAAUGGACAAAUCUAUGUUUGUGAAAAUCAAGACUCUGGGUAUUGGUGCAUUUGGAGAAGUGUGCCUGGCCUGCAAAGUGGAUACCCAUGCCCUGUAUGCCAUGAAGACUCUGCGAAAGAAAGAUGUGCUGAACAGGAACCAGGUGGCUCACGUCAAAGCAGAGAGGGACAUACUUGCUGAGGCAGACAAUGAGUGGGUGGUUAAACUCUAUUAUUCCUUCCAAGAUAAAGAGAACUUGUACUUUGUGAUGGACUACAUCCCUGGUGGGGAUAUGAUGAGCCUGCUGAUUCGAAUGGAGGUCUUUCCAGAGCGUCUGGCUAGAUUUUAUAUUGCAGAGCUCACUUUGGCUAUAGAGAGUGUGCACAAAAUGGGAUUUAUUCAUCGAGACAUCAAGCCUGACAACAUUCUGAUAGACCUUGAUGGGCAUAUCAAACUGACUGACUUUGGACUGUGUACUGGAUUCAGGUGGACUCACAACUCCAAAUACUAUCAGAAAGGGAGCCAUAUCAGACAAGACAGCAUGGAGCCCAGUGAUCUUUGGGAUGAUGUGUCCAAUUGUAGAUGUGGAGAUAGGCUAAAAACAUUGGAACAAAGAGCUAAGAAGCAGCAUCAGAGAUGUCUAGCCCACUCAUUAGUUGGAACCCCUAAUUAUAUUGCUCCUGAAGUCCUGCUUCGUAAAGGAUACACUCAGCUUUGUGACUGGUGGAGUGUUGGUGUUAUCCUCUUCGAGAUGUUAGUGGGGCAGCCUCCUUUUCUGGCUCCUACACCCACAGAAACCCAGCUAAAGGUGAUAAAUUGGGAAAGCACACUGCACAUUCCCUCACAGAUCAAGCUAAGCCCUGAGGCAACUGAUCUCAUCACGAAGCUCUGCUGUGCUGCUGAGGACAGGCUGGGAAGAAAUGGAGCAGAUGAUAUCAAGGCCCAUUCUUUCUUUCACUCUAUGGACUUCUCUACUGAUAUUCGGAGGCAGCCAGCUCCCUAUGUUCCAAAGAUCAGCCACCCAAUGGACACUUCAAAUUUUGAUCCAGUUGAAGAGGAAGGUCCUUGGAACGAUGCCAGUGGUGACAGCACCAGGACAUGGGAUCCACUGGCCUCUUCCAAUAGCAAACACACAGAGCAUGCUUUCUAUGAGUUCACUUUCCGAAGGUUCUUCGAUGACAAUGGAUAUCCCUUCAGGUAUCCCAAACCUUCUGGAAUGGAAGUUAGCCAGUCUGAGAAACCUGAUGUGGAAGACAAAGGUGUGGUGGAUCAGACUGGAGCUUGUCAGCCUGUAUAUGUGUAAAUUAUUGUAUAGGAACUCCAGAUAAAAGACUAAUCUCAAAUCUGUUAGGGCCUCCAACUGAUCGUUUAGGAGCUGAUCCUGCAGCUCUUGUUCAGUUCUUGUAACUUCAGCUGAGGCUGAAGUCAUCCUGGGAAGUCAGAAACUUGCAGGGCCAGGUCCUAAAAAUGGCACUCUUGAAAGUUCAAGUUAGUUUUACUGUAAAUAACUUUGUUGAUAACUUGAAAUCCUGGUCUUCACCAAAAUCUGCAAGGCCAGCAGUCUGAUAUUUCUAGGACUAUUUUUAUUUGAGGUUACCAUCCCCCUACUCAGAUUAACAUUUACAGAUUUCUGCAACUGUCAGCGUUAUUUUUUAAAUGAAUAAAGAGCACUUAUAUUUUGUUUAUAGCAGGGUUUUUUUUCCUACUAAAUUAUAGGGAUUAACUUUGACAAAUCAUGCUGCUGUUCUUCUUUUCUACAUUUUUAUUUUAUCCAUAGCACUUAUUUCACAUUUAGGAAGAAGCAUAAAGCUGAAGAACAUGUGAUGAAAGGUCUCUGUGCAAUAAUAUAAGAAAGAAAAAAAAAUUAAAAAACCUACUCUCUAAUUUUCUAAAUUUACUUAUGCCAUUGUAUUCACACCGUGAUUUUUGUUUAUUAUAUGUAUUUUCCACAUUUCAAAAUUGUGACAUAACCUGAAAGCUGCUUUAUUUCCUUCUGCUUAUUGGAGUGUAAUAGAAAGUGUGAGCAAGUGACAAUUUGGGUGUGAUUUAAUUGUCUAGUGUGUGAAGAAUGUUGCAUGAGCAGUGUUUUUCUAUUUGAAAUGGCCUUUUCUUGCCAUUCACAGGCAGGUCCUGUGGAUCAGUUUUUACUGAGGGUCUAAAAUUAGACCAUUUUAAACCGUGUGUUGAUAAUGUACUGUGUGGGUGGUUUCCUCUUAUGAUUGUAUCCAAUAUUAAUUUUGUAAAACAGAUUGCAAAGGUUAUAACUGAGCAGUGAUUUUGUGGUCUGAUGUAAUAGAUUGUUUUAGUGAACAAGUGUCAUCGGCACACACGUUUCCCCACAAAGGAUCAAUAAUAACAGCAAGACCAUUAUUGCAGAGCUGAUUUGUGGCAACAGUCAAGAUGGGGCUUAUUCACGUAGCACGCGGCACAGUGUCCAUGGCUGAUACCAACAGCAAUGCAGAGCUCCUGUACUAACACCUGGAGCUCAGCAUCUUCAGCACAGAGUAUAUCCAGCUCUGCUGCUGGAACACAGCAAGAUCCUCAGUGCAAUGAGGCUGGUGCUGAGCAUGCACAGCUCCGUGGACAUCUCGGGAACCUGGAGGUACGUGGCUUUUCCAGAGAUGGGACCCUACAUGUGGGUGGCCACGUAUCCAUUUAGUAUCCUGUUAUUUUAGGCACUGACAUCUGAAAAUGUUGGUGUUGUUCAUAGGUCAUCCUGUCUUAUGUGUUGCUGUGAUGGAGCACGAUAGUCCUGCAUUUCUGUCAAAUUAUAGGCAUACUUCAAAAUAUCAAUUCUUAACUAUGUUAAAAUAUGCUUUUUUCUUAUAUGUAUAAGUGAGAAUUAUUCAAGGUGAUAUCAGAAUACUAAAGAUAAUUAAGCCAUACAUAUUUGCAUAUAUAUUAUAUAUAACUAAAUAAGUAAACACACACAAAAAUCCUUAAUUCAGAUUAGUGUAACACAGUCCUAUUUAAAGUGAUUGACAUAUAAUAACAUUUGAGGAAAGCACUCCUUUAAUGUGUUUUUGCUUUUUUUUAAUUUUAAAUCUGGAGCUUCAUUAUUUUUUCCAUAUAUUAUUCCACAUAUUAUUCCUUAAUGUUUUAGCAUAUCCUAUCCUAUCCAUUGUUUAGAUAUCUAAGCAACAACAUAUAAAUUCAUCAGCCUAAACUAAACGAAAAUGAUUGUGUAUUUGUUUACAUUUGUAUGAAAGGAAUGUUCUGAGGUAUGCAGUGCUUGUGUUGUGACAGUUCAUGUAAGAUUCAGUAUUACUGCUUUUUUAUAUAGUAAUGCCAUUUUUUGUUAUUUACAUCUAUCUGACAUUCUUUCAUGUGGUAGGUUCUUUCUCAGGAACUCAAUUUAACUGUUAUUUAUUGAUAUAUCAUUGCCUUUGAAAGCUUCUACUGGCACAAUUUAUUAAAAAUCUGAAUCAAAAUCUAAAAUGUGUUAUAUGUUCUUGAAAGGGAUAAUAUCUGCCUAUUUUAAGGCAUAAUUUUAAAUUGGAUUUU